GGAGUUUCCCCGGUGUACCUCGGCAGCCUUGCGCUGCUCUAAUGGUCCGGACUUCCGUGUGUGAGUUUCCCCCGUGCGCCCCGGCAGUCUUGCGCUGCUCCUAAGAGUUCUGGCUUGUGUGUGUAGCUAGACCCAGGGAGGCGGCCGUCUCCCGGACCGGGUGCUUGUCUGGGCUGGCUGGCCUGGCGGCUGCUCACAACAGCUUCCGGCUCCCCACGGGUGCAGGAAGCCGCCGCCCGGCCAUGGACGGGGAGGAGCAGCAGCCACCGCAUGAGGCCGACGUGGAACCUGUUGUGCCAUCGGAGGCUUCAGAGCCGGUGCCCAGGGUGCUUUCUGGAGACCCCCAGAACCUGUCCGAUGUGGACGCCUUCAACCUGCUCCUGGAGAUGAAGCUGAAGCGGCGGCGUCAGCGGCCCAACCUGCCGCGCACUGUGACCCAGUUGGUGGCUGAGGACGGGAGCAGGGUGUACGUGGUGGGGACAGCCCACUUCAGCGACGACAGCAAGAGGGACGUUGUGAAGACCAUCCGGGAGGUGCAGCCUGACGUGGUGGUCGUGGAGCUCUGCCAAUACCGUGUGUCCAUGCUGAAGAUGGACGAGAGCACGCUUCUGCGGGAGGCCCAGGAGCUCAGCCUGGAGAAGCUGCAGCAGGCCGUGAGGCAGAACGGGCUCAUGUCGGGGCUGAUGCAGAUGCUGCUGCUGAAGGUGUCUGCGCACAUCACCGAGCAGCUGGGCAUGGCCCCAGGCGGCGAGUUCAGGGAGGCCUUCAAGGAGCCUCUGCUCCAGGCCAGCAAGGUGCCUUUCUGCAAGUUCCACCUGGGUGACCGGCCCAUCCCCGUCACCUUCAAGAGGGCCAUCGCAGCGCUCUCUUUCUGGCAGAAGGUCAGGCUGGCUUGGGGCCUGUGCUUCCUGUCAGACCCCAUCAGCAAGGAUGACGUGGAACGCUGCAAGCAGAAGGACCUACUGGAGCAGAUGAUGGCCGAGAUGAUUGGCGAGUUCCCGGACCUGCACCGCACCAUCGUCUCGGAGCGCGACGUCUACCUAACCUACAUGCUGCGCCAGGCCGCGCGGCGCCUCGAGCUGCCUCGGGCCUCUGACGCCGAGCCCAGGAAGUGCGUCCCCUCCGUGGUCGUGGGCGUCGUGGGCAUGGGCCACGUGCCUGGCAUCGAGAAGAACUGGAGCACCGACCUCAACAUCCAGGAGAUCAUGACCGUGCCCCCGCCGUCCGUCUCCGGCAGAGUGUCUCGGUUGGCCGUGAAGGCCGCCUUCUUCGGCCUGCUGGGCUACAGCCUGUACUGGAUGGGCCGCCGCACUGCGAGCCUGGUCCUGUCGCUGCCCGCCGCGCAGUACUGCCUGCAGAGGGUGACCGAGGCCCGGCACAAGUAGGAGACUGCUCCCCGCCCGCUCGGGCCCCUGAGGAGCCAGUGCCCCCGCGGCACUUCUGGGUGCCAGGUGCAUCCUAGCCUGCCCGAGGCCCCUGCCACCCCCCAUGGGGGUCUGGGCCCGGCUUCGCCUGCCUUCCUGGGCCAGUCACCCCUCCCCCAGCCCACCCAAAUAAAGGAUUAUUUAACUGUCUGAGCUCAGGCCUCCCGGCAGCCCCUCCCCUCCCACACUGCAGGGGCCGUUCCCCGGCUUCUGGACAAGACACCCAGCUCCGAGGGGGCAGGGGCUUGUAGGAGGGGCCGAGGCGUGCGCUGCCCUCUCAGCCCUGGUGGCGGGCGGGGGACAAUGGCCACUGUCCCUACCUCACUGUGCCUUCCUGUGCUCCGGCCACAGGAGCGUCGGCCCAGGGGCGGCUCCUGGGGGCUCCAGGGCAGGCGAGACUGGGAAAGGCCCAGCCCUGGAGCUCCAGCCGACCCCACCGUGCCCCUGGCAUCCUGGCCCUGGCCGCCACCUCCCUGGUACCGUCUGCCUGCAGGGAUUCUGUGUUUUUGGCUUUUUUAAUGUCUUAAAAUCUUUUACUCAGGUAAUUUUAAUUUCAAAGAGAAAAACUGAAGUAAAUGUCAAAAAACACCAGCCUUAAAUCCAGAGGGACAGAAUUCGUGUUCUUGGGUCUGUCCCGAGUGGGCUCGCGUGCAGCCAAACAUCAGCUCUGGGUCCAGGCGUGGCCUCAGCUGGGAGCCUGUGUCCUGAGCCCCUGGAGCAAAGGGGUGCCUGGGGUGUCUUGGCCCUCUCUGGACAGACAAUGUGUGCACCUAUGUGGAAGGCCAAGGACAUGGGCUGUGGCCAGGCCUGUCCCGCUCAGGCCCCCUGCCCGGCGGCCGUCUGUGUGCGGGGCCUCCCUCCUGGCUGUCCAGGACACGGCCCGUGCAGCCCCAGCCUGGACCCAGGCCAUCUCUGGUUGUGUCUGUGCCGACUCAGUGUUGAAUCAAAUCAGGUGUGCGUCAGGAGCCGGCUGUGUCCUUCCUGCCACACUCGGGGAUUCAUUCCUUAGAAACUGAAAUAAAUUCUAAUUUUGGAAA